AUUUUCACUAUUUCUCUCUCUUUGUCCUUUGUGUUAUGUCAAUGACUAAAAUGAUGAGAACAUUGGAGUCUUUACCUUCAUUGCCAACGAAAUUCACAAAGUCAUUGCCCGUAGACAUUUAUACGGCCAAUGUGACAGAAACCAAUACGAACAAUUUGAUGAGAACACCACGUCAUGUCCUCAACGCCGUCUAUUCUCAUGUCAUUCCUGAAUCGGCACCUGAUCCUGUCCUGUUGGGCAUGUCCAAGAAAGCCUGUGAAGAUCUCGAUUUGGAUUACAACGAUCUAAUCCAGCACCACAAAGAGGAGUCCGCCCAGGUCUUUUCUGGAAACCGGCUGUUGAAGGGUACACGGCCUUGGUCACUAUGCUACGCAGGACAUCAAUUUGGUUAUUUUGCCGGUCAAUUAGGAGAUGGAAGAGCCGUAUCUCUCUUUGAGAGUAAGAAUCAUAAAGGGGAGCACUGGGAGUUACAGUUGAAGGGCGCUGGACGAACACCUUAUUCAAGAUUUGGAGAUGGUUAUGCAGUGCUGAGAUCUAGCAUACGUGAAUUUUUAAUGUCCGAAUAUAUGAAUGCCUUGGGAGUGCCUACCACGAGAGCGUUGGCGCUCAUAGGAACAUCGAGGGAGGUGUAUCGUGAUGAUGGGCCAAUGGGAGGUCAACCUGAAAGAGGAGCUAUUGUCACACGCAUGGCUCCCUCUUGGCUAAGGUUUGGUAAUUUUGAAUUGUUUUAUUCUAGAGAUGAUAUGGAGAAUGUACGAGUUUUGGCAAAUUAUGCUAUUGAUAAUGUUGUUGGGCAAGAUAAAGAGGAUACGGUCUCAAAGGAGACGGAUAAUAAGUAUGCUAGAUUCUUUAGAUAUGUUACAAAAAUGACAGCAAAAACCGUAGCAGAAUGGCAAGCUAUUGGAUUCAACCAUGGUGUGCUGAACACAGAUAAUAUGUCUAUACUGGGCCUAACAAUGGAUUACGGACCAUAUCAGAUUAUGGAUUACUACGAUCCUGGAUAUAUUUGUAAUCAUUCAGAUGAGACAGGACGCUAUGCAUUUUAUCGUCAGCCUAAUGCUUGUCUGUUCAAUCUUGUCAAACUAAGCAUACCAUUUUACGAAUUGAUUGGUGCUGGCGACCUCGCUGACCAGGUUGUGUUUCCUACAGAAGAUAACAAGGAGACUGCCACUGAUGAGGCAACUCUUGAGGCAUAUAGAAAGAAAGGUCAAGAAUUUGUCAUACAACUGUUAAGCAACGAGUAUAGUCACCAUUUUCACAAGCACCUCGCAAACAAGAUGAGAGCUAAACUUGGCCUUGCUAAAGAAGUAGAAGAUGAUCUUGAAAAGAUCAUUACACCAUUGUUUGAUUGGAUGUCGAUGUUCAAAGUAGACUAUCAUCGUUUCUAUCGGUCAUUGAGUAACUACAACAUGGAGUCACCAGUGCAGCAAUGGGCUGACAUUUCAACCAAAACCUCACUUGAUAAGAAGGAUUGUGAGGAAGCAUUAAAGGAUUGGCUGGAUACUUAUCGUGAACGCUUGAUGAAAGAGGAUGAAGCAGACUUGAAGACACGAAAAGAGAGAAUGGAUAGUGUCAAUCCUCGAUUCAUACUUCGAAAUUUUAUAUUAGAAGACGUUAUUCAAGAAUUUAAUAAAAGUACGGAUGAGCAGGCUAUCAAGAAAUUAGAGGCAUGUAUGGAUGCAUGUCUCAACCCUUUCAACCAAAGAUAUGAUGACCAAGUAGAGCAAUGGAUUUCUGCUAAAGUUUCGACAGAAGAGGACUUUAGAUGCUCAUGUAGCUCUUAAAAGUUUUAUCAUAAUAAAUAUUCCCCUUGGGCGAACAACUCUAAAUAUUGACAUCAGCUUUCCCGAAUUGCGUCGAGCCAUUGAAUAGCUUUUUCUAUUUUCAUCACUCUUCAGAACACGAAGGAUGACUGCUGUUUGUAAGCAACUUGUACAAUCCAAUUUUCAUGAUAUUAAUUGCUACAUUGGCGUUGAUUCUUGUAGCAUAUAUAUUUUAAUGAUCAAUGCAGUCAGGAUUGACACAGACGAUUGCCCUAAGAUUAAGCUUGCCAUUGUUCUUCUUUGGAUGACAGUGGAUUCACAGAUGCAGCAGAGUUAUGAUGAGCGGUACUCAGAAGCUGAUAUGAUGGCUGAUCUGCUCGAAAGAGACUUUUGUAAAACAUUUGUGCUUGUUGUAGCUCAACUGAAGAAGCAUGUGUUUCUUGAAUGAGUAUCAAAAG